AUGGUCGAAGUUGCGGAAGCACUUUUAUUAUUUGCCCACAAUUCUGCAAAUUUCACUUGCAAUCAACAAUCAAAACAACAACAUAAACAAAAAGAGAACCUAAAACGAAAAGUGAGUUUUGUUUUAGUAAGUAAAUAAGUAAAUGAUUUAUCCAUAAAAACAUUCAAAAUAAAUAUAAUUACUCAUAUUAAAUAAAGGGAACCUUGACCAGUCUUUGUAUAUUUGAAUAAAGUGCUCCCGUUUCUCUUUUUUUUCUGAUGACAUCAUUCAAUUUGACCUUUUGGUCUGUCUGUCGGACCACCCAAAAAGAUAAGAGUGUCUAGAAAAUUUGGCAUUUUUCUAUUAAUCUCCCAUAUUUUAUAUUUUUCUAAAAAAUGACUAGUCUGAUUUUUAAACGAACUUAUUCACUAUGGAUGCCAAAUUUUAAUCAAAUUGAAAAUGUAACUUUUUUAAAUUGAUUCUUGUCUGAAAAUAGGUUUAUUACCUUGAAAAAUGUUCUUAAUGAGCUUGAAAGUUUAGAGAAGUUAGCCUAAAUUCUUAAAUUUUCAUAGAAUGUUCGAUUUGAUGAUGAGAAUACUGCGUCGACAUCGGAUUAUUUGUUCAAAGCCGGGAAAGAGUGGAAUCAUAUUGCAUCGUUUUUGUGAGUGGAAGAGUUUUUGAUAUAUGGCCUAGGAUUCUUAUGGUUUACUAGGCCACGGGAUUUUUUGGGUGGUUUUGGUGCUAAAAAUCGUUUUAAAAUGCGAAGGCUUUGAAAUAGAUUAUUUUGCCUAUAAAUUUAAUUUUGAAAGAUUUUCAUAAAUUUAUUAUUUUUCUCAAAAAUAGCUUUCCAGUAAUUGCGAAGAAAAGCAAAAUCAAAAUGGUUGUGAACCAAUGGACGAACUCCUAAAUCUAUGCAAUUGGUAUGACCAACGAGAAAAGAAUCCAGAAAUUGAUUUUUCGGAUGAAGAAGAUUCGGAUGAUGAGAUUCCAUACGCUGCAUUUGCUCUAACUUACUCCUCAUCAACAACAUCUUCUAACUCAAAUAAAACUCCCAAAAAUGAUGAGCCAAGUUUUCCAACUCCACCAUUAUCAUCGAAUUCGAAUAGUCGAAAAACAUUGUGUUCGUCAAAUUCGACAAGAGUUAGCAGUUUGAGAUUGGCUAGUCAAUUAUGUUUGGGAGGUUCGACGGCGAUUUUGGUGAAGAGAAAGAGUUUGGUUCGAUUGUGAGUUUUUGAGAAAAAGCCGUCACAAGGUCUAAUUUUCAAAUUGAAACCCUAAUUUUUUCCAGUGAAGAAGAUGGUUCCAGUCGUCACAAAAAUGCGCUUGAAUUGGCAUUUCAAGGAAUUAUGGUGAGCUAAUCUUUAUUUAUUUUUUUCCCCAGUUGAUUGUGAAAAAAAUCAAUAUUUUCAGACGACUUCGCCUUCUGAAAUUGACCUCACUUCCCCUUCUCAAAACAUCCGGCAAGAUGCUGAAGAAUCCGACAAAUCUGAAGAUGAUUUUUGGGGAGAAGUUGAGUUCUGA